AAUUUUGAUAUAAUGUUGAAAGAACUGCGGAAGUACUUCUUGCCAGCCGGGUGAUUAAAGAUGCAAUGUUUGCUCCAGCAGAGGGCGCCCAAUUCUAGUAAAGUCGACUCCAGCCUAUGCGGUUUGCUAGUCGGAAGUGCAGUUUAUUUCCACCGAGCCUGUGUUGCUUCGGACCCACAUGGACAGACGUGUGUAAUACCAUGGCAACCAGCAAUCAUGCCACAGCCAAGAAUGAUGCUGGUGGUGACAGGAGAUGAUUUCGGCUACUGUCCCAGGAGGAACCGGGGGAUUGUGGAAUGCUUCCAGGCUGGAGGCAUUUCCAAUGUGUCACUGUUGGUUAAUGCCAAUGCAGCUAAAGAAGCUGCAGAUCUGGCCAAAAGACACAAUAUCCCAAUUGGUCUCCAUGCCAACCUGUCAGAGGGCAUUCCAGUGUGUCAGAGCCUCCGACAGGCCUCAUCACUGGUCAACCAGCAUGGCCUCUUCCAUGGGAAGAUGGGCUUUCGUCAGGCCCUGGAGAGAGGUCAACUCAGCAUGGAACAGGUGGAGCUGGAGUUGAGGGCCCAGGUCAGGCUGUUCAGGGAACUGACGGGACACUUGCCCCACCACAUGGACGGACACCAACAUGUCCACGUACUGCCAGAGGUGCGUGAGGUGUUUGGACAGGUCCUGUCACAACUCAGGAUUCCAUACACUCGUGUUCCAGUGGAGCCAGGUUUACACAGCUGCCCAUGGCUGCCAGCGCACCUGCAAAGAUUCUACACACAGUUGCAGAAAGACGCUUUGGACUCUAUCCCUGUCUUCACACGCUAUGGAAUCAGGUGGCCAGAUGUGUACCUGGGAUUGACCACCAUGGGCCAGAACAUGUCCGUCCCCAACCUGCAGAGGGCCCUUAGCCACGUCUUAUCUGCAGGACCUUCAGGCACUACUUCCUGUAGUAUGCCCAGCUCUGAUCAGCCUGUGGUCACGGCAGAGCUGAUGGUUCAUCCCGGUUACCCCAGUCACCCCCAGUUGGGUGGCUGUGGAGAAGGACCUGAUGACUUCUCCCAGUCAGCUGACAGGCAGCAUGAGCUGAGUGUGCUUACUGACCCCUCCCUGCUGGCCCUCUAUGGCCAGGAGAGAGUGCAGCUCUGUUCUUUCAAAGACAUUUAAGCACUAUUGUCUAAAAAUGACUAACCUUUACGUAUACUGUAAAAAGCCAAAGUAAAAGCAGAUUUUACAGGUUCUGUUUAAGAAAUAAAAACACAUAAUUCAGAAGUGUUUGUAAUAACACAGAUUAGUGUGAAUCCAGACCUACAACAGAACCUUAUGCAACAAGUAUGUUGUGCUGCUUUGGUCUAGAAAUGAAAGGUAAUUUAAAAAAAACAACAACAAUAUAAUAUUGUUUAUUUAUUUGUUAUCAGAACACCAUUUCCCAGAAGCCUGAGACAGUCAUAGGUUAAAGGUCAUUAGCAUUAGGACUUGUAAAAUGGAUGUAACAAUAGCACAGCUGUUUCAAAGAAAGAGCAGUUCCCAUUAUAUGUGAUGUCCACUGCCUCACAGAAAGAAGUAAAGCUGAUACAUUUAAAUGCUAACUAAUAAAUCAUUGUUUAACUUUGUCAAAAUUAUGAAAAAUUCAGGAACGUGUUUCAGUAUUUCUGAAAAACAACGGAAGAAAACAGUCAACAAGAAGUUUACAGAGUCAGUUACAAAGGCUAGCUAGGAAGUGAUAUCUGGACUUCCACUUUGCAGCUGAGCAAAGCCUCAUCACUGUAGAGUAAAAGUGACUACAAAAGUGCAGUGACACUAUGUAACAGGAAAAGUGUGUUCUUUAUAGAAGCCAUACUAGCUGCUGUUUAUUACUCUGAUCCAGAUCAAUACUUUGCACUACCCAUGUGACCAUCAUUGCACACAUUUAUUACAACUCGGGUUAUAUUUUGAUGGUUUUGUCCAUCAUUUCCAUUUGUUAUGAUAAUGUUGUUCUCAUCAAGAAUCACAUUUCUACCCCUGGAGAAAUGUAGUUUAUACUACAGCUAAAAAAGUAGCUUUAGCAACUACUUAUACUCAUUAUACUCAUUUAACUCAGCGUUAAAUAAAUCAACAUGUGGUGUAUAUGAAACUAAAUAUAAUAGCCUACAAAAAAUUCACAUGCCAGCAGAAAUAUGCCUCUCAACUCAGUUUUAUUUUUUUAAAGAAAAAAAGCUGGUCAACAUACUGUAGGUUCACCAUAGACAUGUAAUCUAUAGACAUGUUGGGUAAUCUAUAGACAUGUUGGGUAAUACACGGUCGCCCAUAAAGUUGGAAUAAAAUAUUUUUUACCUCUUUCCAUGAAAUGAUUGUGACAAUGUGAUGUAUUCUUGAUAGAUAAAUUGUAUAUAUUCUCAAAAUUGUAUUGAUCAAUCUCAUUAUACCUGGUCAAAGCUGAUUACUGAUGUGUAUGAAUAGAAAAUAAAAAGAGGAAUGUGUCUGAACACAAAAUCAUUCCAACUUUAUGGGCGACCAUGUAUACAGAGAAAAUGAAAAUCCUACCCCAAUACCCACAUGCAAAUCAGAAAUGUAAAUCAGUCUACAAAAAAUGUAUUAAAAAAUACGAAGAGGCAGACAUAUUCUAGAUCGGUGUGUCUUGAACAACAAUGUUGGCAUGUCAUGACCAGACUGGCAAGAGUUCUAGAACACAAUAAUGGUAAAAUAUAAUGUAUAUUAUAUAGGUCUUUUUUUUAUAAAAAAUAUUUCAUGUUAUUGGCCAAAAUUGUAGUUUGUAAAUUGAGUUAAACUACAAAAAAUGACCCAAACAGUAGUUGAAAUACUUGAUGCAGCACAAAAUAUGAAUGUAGUUUAACUACCAGCAAGUUACAGCUAAUUGUAGUUAAGCUAUGUAGUUCAACUACAUGUAGUUUAAGUCUCCUCAACACUGCUGGUUAGUUUGACUAACCUGGAGGUUUGAUUCCUGUAUGAUCUCACUAUGUUCCUAGAUCUCAAUGAUUUCUUUGGUGAGAACAAUGUUACUAUAACUGCUAUGUUAUAAUAACAUUGGUAGAUGGGCCCUUACAGAUUAAUAAACCCACAUAUGGUUUUUAUAUAAGAAAGUGCAGGAAUGAUUUCCAGUGAUCUCAGGUCUAUGUAACAUAUAUAGCACUGAACAUCUGUAAUCACCUGGUGACUGUGUGUCUCUAAGUGAAUGUGAUUUAACUCAAUUGCUGCUGCCCCGGACUUUGAAAUCUUAUAUUUUUAUAAGUUUCUGUUUAAACACCUUUUAUGGCUUGAUAUAUCUGAAUCAUUUCAGAGCUUAUAUAACUGAACGGCUGAACAGUGUGAGCUACUACAUGAAUAAAUUAAGUCAAACUGAUGUCUGAUAUUUCUCUUCCUGUAAUCUCAAUGCAACAAAUUUGUGAAAAUUGACUGUUCUUAUAAGUUCUAACGUUUUGAUGUUCAGUGAACCUCAUCACCAAUACCAAAUGCAAUGUCUUUUAUCUGUGGUGUCCAAGAGGACCAUAUUUUAUCCAGUUUGUUCAUUCAUCUGAAUACUUUAGCAAAACACACAGUAGCUGAUGUAUGGUAGAGGACUCACAAGACAAAGACCGAGAAAUGCCUAAACAUGAUUUUGUCUGUUUUUAAUGAAGAAAUAUAGUGCAUCAUGUUGGAUAUGAGAUGGUCA